CGCUCGCUGAGCAUUGAUAGUGUGUGCAACACUUCAAAGCAUUCAGAUAAUAUCUUAAGGCUUACUUGUGCCGUUUAUUGCGCAAAAUCAAUGGUGUUUGUGUUUAGUUAACAAUUACUGGAUUAAUAUUAAGAAUACACGGCGAAAAAUAAUAAAAACUAUCAGGAGAAACUUGAAGGCCUCCCAAGCACGGUGACCGUCGCCCUCAUAGCCAGUCCUUCUCAACGAACUUAUCCUCGGGAACAUGGCUGAUAAAACACCACCUUACAUUCCGGAAGAUUGCCUUCCCGUGGAGGAAGUGACUGGUCUUCGAUCAGAAGUUGUGCGAACCAACUCAUUCUUCUGCCAGUCUCUGCUGCGGGAAAUGUCAGAAAAUUCAUUGAUUUUGCUUCCCAGCGCAAAGAUCUCGAAUGAAGAUUCAGCCAACUGUAACAGUUACUCUUCCGAAUCGAAAGAAAAUUCGAGCGUGACGCCGGAUUCGCUAUUCAAGCUAAUAAGGCGAUGCAGUGGCAUGGAGAAGACUUCAGUAUGUGGAAAUAUGUUUAAUGACCAACUAAUCAAAAUGCCUAGCAACCUGUCUACAGAUAUUUCAUCGGAGAAAAAGUCAAAGGAGACGGCGCCUGAACUGCCCACGAAAAGUUUCUGCAGUGCAAAUACAGACACUUCCGCCAAGGAAGUGGAGAGUCUAACAAGUCAAGUCCCCUCUAAAGAAUUCUCUCUGAAGAGGUCCAGGAACCUGUCAACUGAAGAAGAAUCUGAAGCUUCAUUAGAAAAGAGAGCUAGGGUUUCAACAGAGGAAGUUGGUACAGCAGAACUGGGAAAGGAAAACUGCGUUAUUUCACCGCCUAUGUCACCAAUAUCACAAGACAUGCCAUUUGAGGCUCCAUCAGAAGGAACUAUGACAGAAACACAAGUAAAACCCGGGGUCUCACCUAAUGAAGAUAAGUCAGAAGAUCAAGCAGCAGAGAAAGUAGUGAUAUCUGAGGCCAUAAUGACCAGUGAGAACUCCACGGAUGUUCCAACUGCAGGAUCUGAGAAAAUGUCUCAGAGUUCAUCAUCUGUGCCAAGUCAACUGCAGAAUAUAUCCUCUAUAACUUUUGAUAAAAAAAAAACUUCAGAAGAUAAAUAUUCUGAAGGUGACAGAUGUUCAAUUUGUGGAAAUCCAAAUUGUCCAUUAGAUCCUAAUCGGGCAUCGAAAAUAAACCCUAUUUCCAUGCCCCAGAAGUCAUUUAUUGGGAAAUUAAAGUCAAAGUCAAAGCAAACCAAAACUAAUGUUAUGAUGGCGAAGAGGACGAAGACUCCAGCGAAACGUUACAUUAAUACCCGAAGUUCAACAAACAGAUUGGCUAAACGCAUCGCUAACCACACACCACUUCAUGUCCUCAAGUUAAAGGGUCAGCUCUUCAAAGCAGUGGAAAGUGGAGAUAUGGCUAGAGUGCAGGAACUCUUACAAGAUACGGGAUCAGCUGUGAGGAAAAGCAAGACCAGAUGCACACUCCUUCAUGCUGCAGCGUCUCACAACCAACCAGAUGUGGUGAUGUUUCUGCUGAAAUUUAUCAGUCCCAAUGUUACUAACAAGGAGGGACAGACUCCAGCUCAUGUGGCCGCAGAAAAGGGUCACACACAAGUGCUGAAACUUUUAGUGCGUGACUCUGACUUUGAAGCCGACAAACGGGAUAAUCGUCAUAACACAGUAAAAACCCUACUUGGUGGCCAUCUGUUCAAUGCCAUAUUAGAAGGAAACCAGAAAGAAACAGAAAAACUUGUGGAACUUGGUGCAGACCCAGACAGUCAUGGUGGAAAGCUGGUGAACGGACUGUUGGCACGAGAGCUUGGAGUCACUACAUCUCGCCUCCUGGCCAGUGCGUUGAAUAUGGAAUGGGCUGUUACCAUGUUUGCCAAGAAAGCAAGAAAUGAUAAGAAACCCGAUGGAAUUGGCCUUCUAACACCAGCCGCCUCAAACUCGGUACAACUUAAAGUGCCCACACGACAGUUUCACGUGAGACAUGCAAAGGCAAUUCAAGGAGGUGCUGAUGUGUACAAGAUGGACAAAGAAGCACGAGGCUUUGUUCGCAUCUUCAACUUCAGUGCUUUUGAGGACAGAUCCGACCUGAACCUUCAGCAACUCGACUACGAUGCUCGCAUUAUGUCAGAUGUAUUUGAUAACAUGGGAUACAUGUGUAAAAUACACUCGUCACUCACGGCUCAGCAAACUAAGGAAGUCCUGAAAAAUAUUCGUGAUGCUGAUGAGCUGACAGACGUCGGAUGUGCUAUAUUUGUCAUUUCUGGUUAUAGUGUAAAUGACAGGAAGUUUCUUACGUCUGACAUGAAAUCUGUAGAUAUCGACUAUAUCUUAAAUCUCUUCAAAGAUUCCGAGUGCCCUCAGCUCAAAAACAAGCCCAAACUUUUCAUCUUUAACUUGUACAACCUAAGUGAAGUUAACACGACUUCAAGCAGUGAACCUCUAAAAAUGGUGAGGUUGACAGACCCCCUCAACGACAUGGCUUGUAUCUAUUCCAACAGCAUUGGUCUCACCUGCAUCCCGAAUGGGAAAGCAACAGCCUUCAACUGGUAUUUGUGUCGCACUUUGGCAGAGCAUGCAGCUGACCAGGAACUCUGUGAUUUUUACAGAGAAUUCCUGAAAGAUUAUAACGAGAGCUCUCCUACUUUCUCACCCGAAUUGAGGUACUUUGGCUUCACCAAGAAAUUCUUCUUUAAUCCUAUGUAAAUUUAAUGAGAUCCUCUGGGAAGCAAUUUUUUUUUUUUUAUCUGAUUUAUACACCAUUAAUUGAAGAGAUCUGCAAUGGUAUCUUAAGGUACUCGAUAUUUCUUAUUUAAAGAAUAUUUAUAGACAAACAUUGGCCAUCAGGAUAAAUGUAGAGAAGUAAAACUAUGGUGUAAUUUCAAUAUAUAACUAUCAACAAAAUAUUUCAUCUACCUUUCUUGGUUUGUAAAUUUCUAUAUUCUCAUACCUUUUCUACCAAUUAUCGAUAUAUAUAUAUAUAUUGAA